ACCUUCUCCACUGCUGUCCCAUCGAUGUGGAUAAGGGGGUGCUCCCUCUGCUGUUUCCUGAAUUUCACGACCAUCUCCUUUGUUUUGUUGACGUUGAGUGAGAGGUUGUUUUCCUGGCCUUACCAAGGCAACUAUUGUCUAUUUAGUAAAUGUGCUAGCUAUUUCAGUGGAUAUUGAACACAUUUCUAUCUGCAAAUGAAUAAUGUUUUUACUAGAUCUAAGGAAUUGUAAUAAAUUCACACAAGGUUUUUUGUGGAAAUCAACGGAUGUCAAAGGAUGUCAAAGUAGGCCAUAAAUGUUUGAGUAAUUUACAUUUGGUUUGAGGUCUCUCUGACAAUCAAUUAGAAAGGGUAUUGCGAUAACAAUAAAAUGACAUAUUUCACAAGAUUUAAGUCAUUUUUAUAAUUUUUGGGGGUGGAAAUCCAAGGUUGUAAAAAUAGGCCAGACAUUUGUAGAAUAAUUUACACUUGGUUCAAGGUGUCACUGACAAGCCUAUGGAAAAGUUAAUGCGAUAAGAAUAAUUAUGUAUUUUACUAGAUUUAAGGCUUUUUAUCUAAAAGGUUUCAUUUAGUUUCCUUAAUAGGAUAUUGAUUUAUGCGUCAUAUCUUUUUCUUAAUCCACUUAGAACUCAUUAUAAACACAAAACAUAUUUUGAUCAGCUAAGGCUACAACACCUUUAUCACAACACAUGUAGGCCUGCUAAAACUUUGACUACAGAAAAUGAUCACCAUUACAAGAAUAACAGCACAUUAAUAGCUGCAGUAAAUGAAAGGCAUGGCUGUGUCUUCGUUUCUGUUGUCCUAUUUUGUAAUGCUAAUCUAUAGUCCUUCAUUAAAACCUGUUGAUUGGGGAAGACUUGCUAAUUUCUGAUUAAGUGGAUCAAGAUGUCUGUUAACUUUCACCCGAAGAGCUUCUGUCAACAGUCAGGGUAGGAGGGGCGACUCGUUCCUCUCACAACCCGUCUCCAACCCCUUAUCGAUGUUGUGUAUUGUCAAUGCCAACUGUUCUCGCAAAAUCAAAGCUUGCCGGUCCGUAGAAUGUGUGAACAUGGGAUCAGCAUCACCCAGGGGCGUCAUAUACCCAAAAAAUCUGAGGGGACACAAACUAUGUGUGGAUGGCUGGGGGUUGGUCUUACGGGAGGAACAUUUCCCUCUGUACGUAAAUGUGAGAAUGUUGCAUUUUUCAAACACCUGAAACAGCAUUUUCCUGCUAUCUAAAGCCAAAAUAUUUAUGCUUUGUAAAAAAUAUUUGGAUUUUUCUGCAUUUCUAACCAUACAUCUUAAGCUGUCUGUAGAAGAAGAAACGAAAUAUGCUGCUCUGCAUCUCUGCUAAAAUCUGGGUUAAAGAUUAAAAGGAAUUCAGUACAUUUAGUUAUUGCUUGCUUUUCUCAAAUAGUUAGACAAGCUAGCUACUAACUAGAUUGAUAGCCUGAAAUGGCUUCUUGGUAGCUAGUUAUGAGGUUGUUGAGAGUAGGAACCUAAUCUGGGCAAGCUAAAGCCAACGUCAUAAAAUUGCUAAGUGACUAGUAGUAUUACAGAGGAUUUAUUUUUAUUUUUUAAAUUGACAAAUCUGAGGGGGAACGUGCCCCUGUGCCCCCUAUGGGCAUGACACCCCCGGCGUCACCCCUUACAAAUGGCACUAUCUAAUGAAGUAAAAAAAAAUGACGCAAGGUUUUACAUUUAGGUUAGGCAUACCCAGAGCAAUAAUACAGGCAUUUUGUAUUGGAGCAAUGGGCGCCAAAUGUGUCUCUAACUUUAUAGGGCUACUUUUAUAUGUCCUAUGUGAGCGUUACAAUUAAAUAGGCAACCAAUUCAUAUUUCAAGUUUUGCACAAAUGUCAUUUUUGCUGCUCUAUUCCCAACUCCAAUGUGGUGAAUUAAAAAAAUGGUUGGCUUGACAAUGACAGCAAUGGAAUUGGCAAGAGCACAAACAGAUCUGAGACCAGGCUACUACUCCCCCUCAUCAGGAAACAACUGAAAUCUAAGACAUGAAUUUGUCUGAAUCUUUCAUCUCUUUUGUUGAAUGUUGGUUUAGUGUUGUCCGUCUACUACAUCUAUUAAAAUGAGGACCCAGCAGGCCUGCCCUGCCAAAAAGAGACCGCUAAUAACAUGAUGAUUAACACACACAGCACAGGGAGCACAUCUGUUUAGCUGUCUGACUACUGUUGAUCUAGCAUCACGUUUUGUGUGUGUGUAUGUGUCUGUCCUCUGCCUGUCAGCUGUCGAUCUGUCAAUCAGCCAUUCCUGUGUGUUGUCUGUGUGAAUGCUGUCUGCGGGCACACUGUCUGUCAUCCCAAGACCACCUGCCACACUCCAGUCCCAAUACACACUCCAGACUGGGACUCUAUGGAGGAACCAGUUGCCUCAGCCACUAUAGUGUUUGUGUGUGUAUAUGACAGAAAAAGACGCAGCCAGCUCCUGCAUUAGAGACACAUAAUCAGGUCCAUGUGAAGAGCCCUUUACAAUCCACAUCCCAGAGCAGAGCACACACUGGAUUACUCAUCUGUCCCCUAUGGGAGCUCGGCUCCCAAUACACACCAGUCUGUUUGACCUGACACACACACAUACACAGGGGGACCACCAUAGACUCAGGCAGAGAAGGAUAGACAUACCUCCACACACUAAUGAUGUUAUACACAUACUUGACAAACUUAAUUACACUAAUAUGAUAAUCUGUCCAUGGGGUGCCAUUCUAAAGCUAUACAGGGGUUGAGGGGCCAGUUGUUAAUGAGUGAGAGGAAAAUAUCUGUCUGUCAGUGAUGUCCAUCUAUGUAUGCCUUUUGAUCAAGCAAGACUAGUGCUCCAAUUAGAACAAUAUUAGAUCAUGAAAACUAGAUCAUUAUCCCAGACCGAGUUGAUAAAUAAUGCAAAAAGUUUAGGCUCAAAACUGUUUCGAUUUUUAAUUAAACAAUUCAAGAAUUGACAUAGCCUACCUGAAGCCUAUCAACGAUGUUUGGACUGAAUGACACGGAGGGUGAAACCGCUUAGAUGUCCAUUAGAGAGAGAUUAUCACGUCAUUAAUUGCCGGUAAAAAAGCACUCCUCUAUCUACUAAUCUAUUGGUGUCUAAUCCACCCUUGUUUCAGAUGAAAAUGGGGUCAUUAAAAACAAAAUGUGUAUUUUUCUUUCAUGUGCGAGUCCCAUCUUUACUGGCCGAUGUGGUGAUGAUGGGUGUGAUCGAUGAGUGGGUGGAGGUGGGGGUUGGGAUCAGGCAGAGGCUAUUAGUCCUAAAAUAGGGCGUUACUUUGAAGCUCCCCCGCGCUUCCACUGUCUUUGAUGUUGGUCCCCACCCCUUUGUACACGUCCGUCGGGAUGUCACAGCGGGGUUACUAUAUAUAAAGGUGGUCAGUCCUUGUCCAUCUGCAACAGGGUUUAACUCACAACUCUUUCAGAAAUGGCAUAUUUCCCAAUUUGGCUGCUGUGCGCCAGUGCGAUACUGUCUCUAACGCACAGCUUCAACCAGGAGAACCUGAAAGAGGCUAUGCUUCAGAGGCUUGGACUGAAGGAACUCCCAAGGAUCCAUAAAAGGGACUUGGAAAACCUGGUCGUUCCUAGCCACAUCAGAAACAAGUACCUGACCCUGCUGAAGCUGCACCACGAGAGGAGACGCCGCUCUCUGCCCAGCCUAGCAGGAAUCCUCAGGGGGUAUUCCGGGAACGCAGAUAUAUCGGGGGAGAUUCUUUACUCUGACGCCACCAGAGAGCGGUUGGUUUUCGACAUGGAGGCCAGGGUCCCAGCCAACAGCGAGGUGACCAUGGCGGAGCUCAGACUCUACCAGAACGCCCCUCAUAAACUGCACCUGGCCGGGAGAAAGAGUCAAAAGCAGGGCAACAACGCACGGGUCAGCGUCUACUGGGUGGAGGUUCUAGAGAACGGCGCCAACCGCUCAUCACUGGUAGACUCAAGGUUGGUGCCAAUCUACGAGACCGGGUGGAAAGGUUUUGAUGUGACGCAGGCCGUACACUACUGGUCGAAGGGACGUCGAGAGGUGCCGCUGCGCCUGGAGCUGCGGGUCGAGGGGGAGAGACCGGGAAGCUACGCAGCCGAGAUGGCCAAGAGUAUGCGCUUUACCGCGCAGGACCCCUCUGACCAGAGCACGGGAAAGCCUGAGCUUCUUUUUUACACCUUGAACCUGGAGGAAUAUGGUUCCCGUGGUGACUGCCAGUCCAGCAAGCCGAACGGCAUAUGCUGCAGAGAAGACCACUUCAUCAACUUCCGCGAGCUAACUUGGACUCAAUACUGGGUCAUCGAACCUGCGGGCUACCAGUCCUUCCGAUGCGCAGGAGGAUGCAAGCAGCCAAAGCGUCAUUAUGGCUACGGAGAACGGCGGUGCGCGGCGACGGAGAACGCGCCGCUACCUAUAAUGUACCUGGUGAAACAAGGAGACUACACUGAGAUUGAAGUGGCCGAGUUUCCCAACAUGAUAGUGGAGAAGUGCAGAUGUACAAUGGACAAUGUAUCUGUUUGAGAAUGAGGAAGGAGCGCAAUCCAGAGAGACAGAGAUGCUAGUGCGACUCGUGACGCACGGUACUUUUUUUCUUCAAACUUAAAUUACUAUAGGCUAAAAAGGAGAUCUCUUGUUGGUGUGAAUAUUUGAGACAACGGUUAUAUUAGCCGAUCACUUGUUUGUUGAGCACUUUAAAUGUAAAUAUGUAGCCUAAUUUAUGUUUCCCAUGAAUGCAUUUAUACUCUUCAUAUGACAAGAUUAAAAAUAUGAAUUAAUUGCA